AUUAAUUUUGCUUUUUUGUUAAAUUUUUGCUUUUUCUUUAGAAUUCUUGUUAUAUAAAGACCAAAUUAAUAAUCAUAAAAUUAAUUAAAAUAUGCUGAAAGACCUAGUAGGCGCUAAAUUGCAAAUCACUUUGCAUGCGAGAUACAAUGUGUAUAAUGGCGGGGGACCCCCAGCAUAGUAAGAGGAAAGUCAUGACUGGGGUUAUGUUUUCCGCGAGCAACUGCCAUAUCCAGCGACCGCAUUACUUUAUCCGCCAUUUUGUAAGCAAUCACGAUAUUGCAUAUAGAUCUAAAAUUCGUCGUUUUCUUUCAUCAAAACAUAUGUUGGAGAAAAAUGUGGUAGCUAAAACAGUAGCUGCUGGCAAUGGACUUCCACUUUGACCAUGAUUAUGGGCAACAGCUAGCCAACCCACCACACAUACAGAAGGUUGAACAUGCCUUGAAACUCGAACCAUUCUUAUCUUAUGUGGAGGAUUUGAUUAAACCGACUGAAGAAGAUUUUAGCAUCGAAAAGGAGAUCUUGAAACCAUGUGUGAAGAAAGAUGCAGAGGGAAAUAAGUUAUUGAAUGGUAUAACAAUAACCAAAGCAGGAUUUCAGGCAAUUUUACUGAGCGAUAGUUCAUCAGACGAGGAAGAUGAAGGGACUGUUACGGAGGCGGAGUUACAAAACAUGCUUAAACUGCAUAAAUACCAACGUAAACAUCAGAUGCAGUUUUAUCAAGAUCCAGAGCUGCACCAAUAUCAGUACUAUUCAACAGGCUUACUGUCUAACUAUGACCACUUCCCAGAACAACAAAAAGCCAUUCUCGGUCCAAAAAAGAAAAUCUCUAAAGAUCAGAAGAAGAUGGAAAGAAAAAUCAAAGCAAAGCUGAAGAAAUUGAAAAAAGAGAAAAUCAUAGAGAAUGGAGACGAAGAUGAGCUUGGUGAGGAUAUGGACCCUGUUCUACUACAAGCGAUAUUGGCUCAUAAGCAGCUGAAGAAGGAGAAAGGGGCUGGAAAGGAGAAGAAAUUGACUCCUGAACAGGCUGAGAACAAAAGAAGAAGGAUCUGGGUCAAUAUUGCCAAGAAAGAAAUUCCAAAGGCACAGAAACAGAAAGUUUCAGCUAGAAAAGAAAUGCUCCAAACUCUUAAAAAGAUAUCUAUGCAGUCUAUGCGAGAAGUUCGGCGAGCUGCGAUUCAGUCGCAAAAGCAGACAAAAGACUCACAAUCGAAGGCAAGGAGACUUGCUCGUGAGAUGAUGGUUUACUGGAAGAGGUUUGAAAAGGUCGAGAAAGAUCAUCGUAAACGUGUAGAGAAAGAGGCGCUGGAAAAACGUAAAAUGGAUCUGGAGAUGAGUGAGGCAAGAAGGCAGCAGAGGAAGCUUAACUUCUUGAUCACCCAGACUGAACUGUAUGCCCAUUUCAUGGCCAGGAAGAUCACCGGGGAAUCGGAGUCAGCAAAAGACAAGAUACUUAGAAAGUUAGAUGAGGGCAAGACGGACAAACAAAAAUCUGAAUACCUCAUUGAUACAGUUAAUGAUGACUAUGAUCCAGAGAAGGCCAAACAAGAAGCGAUAAGGAAUGCAAGUAGUGCGUAUGAGGCCCAUCAAGCCAAGAAAAAUCAAUUUGAUGAUAGUACCUAUUUGAAUUCAUUAGCUAAUCCACAUACUGUAGGAGAUGAAAGACCUCAACCCAGUAUGUUUGAAGGCAAACUUAAAGGUUACCAGCUGAAGGGUAUGAAUUGGUUAGCCAGCUUGUAUGACCAGGGUAUCAAUGGUAUACUGGCAGAUGAGAUGGGUCUAGGAAAGACGGUGCAGAGUCUGGCAUGUCUAGCUCACCUGGCUGAGGCUAAUGGUAUAUGGGGACCAUUUCUGGUAGUGGCUCCGGCCUCGACACUUCACAACUGGCAGCAAGAAUGCUCAAGAUUUAUACCCAAAUUUAAGGUGGUACCAUAUUGGGGUAACACACAAGAUAGAAGAGUGUUACGUAAAUUCUGGGAUCAGAAGUGUUUACAUACUGAGGAGGCCUCGUUCCAUGUGGUAAUCACCAGUUACCAGUUAGUUAUACAAGAUGUGAAAUACUUCCAAAGAAUUAAAUGGCAGUAUAUGGUUCUAGAUGAGGCCCAGGCCUUGAAAAGUAGUGCCAGUGUACGUUGGAAAAUUCUGCUGGGAUUUAACUGUAGAAAUAGACUGUUAUUGACAGGAACUCCCAUACAAAACAGCAUGGCUGAGCUAUGGGCUUUACUGCAUUUUAUCAUGCCUACAAUGUUCGAUUCUCACGAGGAAUUUAAUGAAUGGUUCUCUAAAGAUAUAGAAAGUCAUGCUGAGAAGCAGUCUGGCAUCGAUGAAAAUCAGUUAUCAAGACUUCAUAUGAUAUUGAAGCCUUUCAUGUUGAGAAGAGUGAAGAAAGAUGUUGAAAAUGAACUCAGUGAUAAGUACAGGGAUGGUAUCGUGGACCAGUGCUUGCCAAGUCGUCAGAAGAUUCUCUAUAAUUUACUAUGUAUAUACAAUACUCAUCAUGUACAUUCUUCCAUAUUUCAUCACGACAAUGAACAAAGUUCAUCUGUAAAUAGUUGUUUCUCAUUUCUUCGUUUCAUCAAUAUGUCACCAAGUGAGCUUCAUUCUCAUAUGUUAGGUGGACUGCUAGUCAGAUGGCUGGCAGUAUUUCUGUGGUACCAAGCAGCUUAUUCAAUAUCUCACAGAGCUUUCUGGCAUAAAACAGAGAUAAAAAAAAUUCAACAUUUACAUCGUGAUAGCUUCUUGUUGGAACCUGUUCAAACAACAUACUUUACCAACGUCAAGUCUAGCCAUUUAUUGUCUCCCCUUGUGUUCACCGGCUCCAAUAGUUCAGUAUACACACACACGGAGCAUGUGAUACAUUCUGUAAGAGAAACAGAGUGGCAUCUACAUAUACGACGUAAAAAUAAAUUACAUAAACAUAUGCUACAUGGAAAGAAGCAUGGAACUCGAACUCCACCUCAUUCACCAACUAAGACACCUAAAUCUCCAGAGUUGCCAGAAUUACCACCAUUGUGCCAUAAGGACCGCCCCUCUCAAAUACUAGAGUGUCAGCCCACACAAUAUCCUACAUUCCUAUACCAUACUGUACCUAAGGUGCUCGUUAAACAACGCAUAUCAUACUGUGCCGAUCGUAGUUCACAGUGGGACAAUAUAGCAGCAGAACGGUGCGGUACACAGAAAGCCUUGCACUCACUGAUGUACGGAUCUCCAGAUAUCUACGAUGAGGUACGGUGGUGGACAAGAUGGCGUUUCUUUCCCAAUCAACCACAGGGACUGCUGGGAAUACAACCUAAAUACGGUUACUCUGGAGUAUAUAUCCCUG